GUGGAAUUCAUUGGAAUCGCCCUAAAACUCGGUCACAUUGUAAUCUUCGCAGGUCCUGAUGUGCCAACCAUGUUUGAUGAGUUUUCAUGCAUGGCAAGUUCCCCUCAAAAGUGUGAGUAAGUUGACUUUAAUAAAUGGUUUAGUUACACUUAUGGGAGCCUUAACUCUAUUCCUACAUUGGGAUUUGCUCUUUUACCGAAGUUUACCAAAGAAUCGGCUUGUUUCUGUAAAGAGACAGAAUAAGUUGAACAAAAACAAAAACCAAGAAGAGAAAAAGUUGCUCAACUGCCCCUGAAGGGAAAUGAAAUACUUUCAGAAUGUGGCAUUCCUGAAACUCUGCAGUGAUUGGCUGUGAUGUCGAGGUUGAGCCCAUCCAGUCCUGCCCCUCGCAGUGUUUAGAGAGAUCUUUUAUAGCCUUAGGUUCUUUAAAAGUGUCAACAUUCACAUCUGCACACGGACACAUACGACGCCGUCAUGAUUUGUCCUCUGGUGUUUGUCCUCUGCGUGGGACUGCUGCAGCACACGGCAAGGGCCGUCGUCAUGGAUAAACUAGCAGACUACAAGAUGUGUGGCGACGAAGAAUGCUCAACGACCCUGUCCAUGGCCACGGCCACAGAUGACUUCAUCGCCCCCGACUGCCGAUUCCUCAACAUCAAGAAGGGUCAGACGGUUUAUGUGUAUUCUAAACUCGUGCCAGAGGAGGGCGCCGGAGUCUUCUGGUUUGGCAGUGUUUACAGUGAGCGCUACGUGGACCAGAUGGGCAGGACCGGAUACUUCCCUGCGACUGUGGUGACGGAGAAACUCCAGUUUGCAAUGAGCACAGUUACAACCGCGACAACUGCGGGGGACUUUGUCUGUGAUUAAGUCCUCACAGACCAAAGCUUUAUUUCGUUGUCUCCCACUGGAAUGAAAACUUGGACACCGUCUUUCUUGUCUUAACCCUUUAACACUUAAGUCUGAAAAUGUCCGUCUGGACUUUGUUUUUUGCUUAUUUUAACCAUAAAAGGAUCAGAAAAUGUCCUUUGAGUAAGUGCUUUUGACCCUUUUUCCCAAAUAACUCUCAAUAUCUGGCAGUUGUUUACAAUUGACUGCAUGUUAAAAUAGUGAAUUAACAAUUUAAAAUGAAGAAAAAUGGUUUUAUUGAGACAAAACCCUGUAGCUGUGUUAGGGAGGGUGCACGAGACAAGAGGCACGAUGAAAGAUUCAAGAGUAUUUAUUGUUUUCUCUUGAAGGACAAAACAAGGCAAAAUCAAAAUUACUUCUUCUUAGAAAUAGAAAAUAAACUAGACUAUACUUGGCAAUAGAGCUACUUAACAAAAGGUUUGGACGCUGACGUGUUCUCUUGGAAGCAUAAACGACGCACUGGCACAUGACAGAGGGACAGGGGACACUAUAUAGGGGACGGAGAAACAACGCGACAGGAAGACAUGGACGUUUACCAAAAUAAAAGGAAGUAAAAAUCCAACCCAGCACCAAAAGUGACAUGAACUUAACGCGACUUUAAACAUAAACUAACACAAGAAGUGACUGAACAGCACGAAACACUAACAGAUCUGACGCCUCGUCACAAGCUGUAUACGAACAUCAGAUUUUGCACGUUAAAUUUGGCAACAAAGACGCUGAUUUGCCGACUUCCUGCGCGUGAAAUAACCGCAAUACGUUGGCUUUGACGUGCAACUUCUCAAUUUUUACAAUUGCACAAUCCGUUGCGUAAUUACAGAAGUGAAAAGUCAUCAGUCAAACAUGUCAUCUGCGAUACACUUGGUGUUAAAGGGUUAUAAAAGGGACAUUUUGCUCAAUAAACAUUGUUUUUCCACAUCAAUACAAAACAUAGACGACUGAAAAUGUGCUUAAUUGACUUUUCGCGGUUGGACAUUUCUAUUUUAUGCAAUAUAUAUUCACCAUAUCAGCUUUAAUAUCAAGAGACGAGAGCUGAAUUUUCUGUGGUAAAUCCUCUCCUGUUGGAAACAUAUUACCAAACUCCAUUUGUAACGCUGAUAACGUCUGUUUUAUUGCCGUGUCAAGGUUUCUCGACGCUGUUUGUCAAAUAAAGCCAGACACAGAGAGUUAUGAUUCAUUCUAAACACCAGGGAAAUAACUCCACUGCUUAUCUUUUUCUUUUUUCCUUUUUUUUUGUUAAAAUAAGCUUAAUCUUUAGGGGGAAAAAAACUAACAGCACAAUAGCACAUUUGCUUUAUGAAAUGUAUUCAAUGCAAUUAGUCGUGUAAGACGAUUAUAAGCAGCACAAGGGAUUUCAUUAAAAUAUGCUGUGGCUAAUUAAUGUGACUCAAUUGCCCCUCUCUUGUGCACCCAUUCAUGAACGGUAAAUCUAAUGACAUUAAAGGUCCACUGUGUAACAUUUUAGUUUGUUUUUUAAAUUAAAUUCAAUACAGUAACUCAUAAUUAUGUUUGGAUAAAGUCUAAUUGCUCUGCUUUUAGUUGAAUAAGCCUUUUGUAUGUGUUUAACCUGUUCAGCUCAUUUCAGCUCUGACCACAUUUUCAGAGAAAAACCGCCUAUAAGACAUAAACCCAGAGUAAAUGAAGAAUUGCUCCACAUAUGCAUGUUCUUGGUGUCUAAGGACAUCUGGGAACCUCAGAGGAUGUAUAAUCAGUGGUCUAAAAAGUGUGACAAAAGUGGAUCAUUUUGUCUUCAAAUGGAAUAGUUUUAUCAUACUAAACAUAUUCUUAGUGAAAAAAUACAGAAAAAAAAGGAAAAAAGUAACAAAUAUGGAAUAAAAAUAUGCCAAUUUGAAGAAAAAAAAAUGAAUGAACCCUUGCACAUUUAAAAUAAGUAGCAGUGGCAGCAGAGUCAUUACUCAUUUUGACGUCCCAUCCCAUGAUAUUCCAACUCUUAUGAAAGUGAGGACAAUAAUUAUUCUUUGAGGCUAAACACAUUAGUCAAUAAAACAACAAAUAAACUGUUUCUUUAAAACAGUUGAGAUAGGGAUUACAGCAGCAUAAAAAUAAUAAACCUGAGGGAGACUUUCUUUUGUGAGAGUCUUUAUUUAACUUUAUUGGUACGAUUUCUUCUUCAACCAUGAAACUAAAAUGAUACGCAGCACAAAAAACGCUCAGUUUUCAGAAUUCUCCAGGUUUUUCUUUUUGUUAGUCAGCGUUGAUGCUUAACCUAUUUCUUUUGAAUACCACAUGACAACUAAUCUAAUUCAAAUAAAAACAAGCAUUUUGGUUUUUUUUGUUGUUUAGAUCAAUACUACUGUGGUUUUGCUAAAAGCUUGGUUGGAUGGCUCUUGUUGCCUUUGAAAUCUGUCGAAGUAUUCAAGGCCAGUCCUUCAGAGGACUCACGGAUGCUCUUCAUUUUCAUAAUGAGACCUUUGAGGCUUUGAUUUCAAGCUACUUCACGUGUAUUUUCCCACAUGAAGUGCCAUUAUUGUGUAUGUAGUGCAUAAUAAAUUUUGCAUAUUUCCA